AAACACUGGAGAUAAGAGACUGAGAACGGGUAUGCAGCACUGACACACUUCAGCAGGAAUCCGUGGCAGGGCACAUCUGCAAACAAUGACAACUGAAGAAAGGAUAACUAUAGAGCUGGCAACUCUUGGUCGACCAUUCCAACUUGGAAUGCUGUACGACUGUCGCAAUGACGCCCUCAUCCCAGGUAUAACAUUGUGGGACAUGGACACACUUAACAAAGAUGUUGACCUGCGAUCCCAACACAACACAGAGUUCCAGAUCAUUGCCUCUGAUUCCAUCGAGGACAAAUCAUCUGCUCUGAAUAUAGAAGCAUCGCUGAAAGCAAGCUUCUUAGGAGGGUUAGUGGAGGUAAAAGGAUCUGCCAAAUACCUUAAAGACACAAAGAGCUCUAAACAGCAGGCCCGUGUCACACUGCACUACAGAACAACUACCAAAUUUAUGCAGUUAACGAUGAAGCAGCUUGGUCGUGGGAAUGUUCAACAUCCAUACGUGUUUGAUCAGGGUAUAGCAACACAUGUUGUCACUGCAGUGUUUUAUGGUGCUCAGGCGUUUUUCGUGUUUGAUCGUGAUGUUUCCUCUGGUGAGGACCAUCAGGAUAUUCAAGGAAAUCUGCAGGUUAUGAUAAAAAAAAUACCAAUGAUUGCAACUGAGGGGGAGGGGUCUCUUAAAAUGGCAGACAAUGAAAAGUCUAGUACUGACCAGUUCACUUGCACAUUCUAUGGAGAUGUUGCACUUGAUAGCAACCCUGUUUCAUUUCAGGAUGCCCUUAAAAUAUAUUCCAUACUCCCAAAACUGCUUGGGGAUAAUGGUGAACAUGCAGUGCCAAUGAGAGUCUGGCUAUACCCAUUAAAUAAAAUAGAUUCCAGCGCUGCCCAAAUUGUUCGGCAGAUCAGUGUAGGGCUAGUCAAACGCUCACAGAAUGUGUUAGAGGAGCUCGGUGAACUAGAAAUUAAUUGCAAUGACAUGCUGAAAGACAAAGUUGUCUUUCAGUUCCCUGAGAUUGGCAAAAAGAUUAAGCAUUUUAAAGAUAUGUGUCUCGAGUACAAAUUGGUUUUCCAGAAGAAACUGGCAGAAAUGCUGCCAUCCAUUCGGGGGGGUGGACAAGAGGAAAGCAGGCUAGCAGAUAUCUUGAGAAAUAAGGAGCAGUCACCCUUUAAAACCCACUUUCUUGGAAGCUGGUUAGAGUGUAAGAUGACAGAAAUGAAUGUCCUCAGGAUGUAUAUCAGCUUGAUGAAAGACAUAAAAAUGUUGUCUUCAAAGAGUGAACAUGAUAUGGCAGUAUUAGACCACAAGGCCAAAUAUGUUUUAUGUUUUGCAUUCACAUCACUAUGUCAGGAAGAAACAUAUAUUUCAGAUUUAUCAAACUAUCUCAGGAACCAUUCCACUUUACAAGAUCUUGACAGUACAAACAUAGACUAUGCAAGGCACGAGGAGGAACAGUGGUUUUCGUCUCAGAAAGUUUCGGAGAAAAUGAGAGAGCGGGCUAAGUUGUUUCUCGACUUUGCAGAGGCUAACAAAGACAACAGUAAUACCAGAUUUAUAGCAGCUUCAGUAUACAACAAGGAUCAAUCAGGCGCUGCUAUUUACUUGUAUGAAGAAGGAUUCAAAAAAAGUGACUGCUUUGAGCCGCCCUCCAAGCCAGAGAAGCCAGUUGUGUGUGGAGUGACACAUGACAGCGUGACGCUAAAGAUACAGCCAUCACAAUAUGGGUUAAGCAAUCUAGUCCAGUACAUAGUUGAGUAUAGUGUUCCUGAAAAGGAUGAAUGGAAGUCUGUGGAAACAUCUAAUAAAGAAGAAUCCUACACUGUAUCUGGUUUACUUCCAAAUACACUCUACCAGUUCAAAUGCAAAGCUGUAUGCAGGCAAGGGGUCAGUAAGUCUAGUGAUACAAGCAACAAAGUUAAAACACAACCUACCAGUCCACCAGGCCAACCAUCAGCAGUUCAAAUUGGCUCGGCUGAAAUGACCAUUGGCUGGCUUAAACCAGCUGUAAUAGGAGCUGGGGUCAGCAUUGAUAGCUACACUGUUGAAUAUAAGGAAAUGAGGGAUUCUGCUAGCAGUAGUGACUGCGCUGACAUGUGGAUUAAAAAGAGAUGUGAAAAUAAUGAGUACACUCUAAAGGAACUGAAACCCGAAACAACAUAUGCCAUUAGAUUGUUUUCCAAUUGUGCGGAGGCAGGCACAAGCUCACAAAGUGUUGAAGGGGUACUAACAACACAGGCUGAAAGUAAGAGACUGGCCGACAAGAUUCAAAGACAGAGUGAGUUAGUGAAUAGUGGAUCACCUUCCAUCUACACUGUCCCACUACAGGAAGUCAAUAUCGACAAGGAUGGAAAUUGUAAAAGGUGUUUCUUUGGAAAAGAAAACAAAAGAAAUAAUAAGACAGUUAUAGUUGUUGGGGCAACAGGAGCUGGUAAAAGCACUCUCAUUAAUGGAAUGAUUAACUACAUACUUGGAGUUAAAUGGGAUGAUGGAUUCCGUUUCAAAUUAAUAAAUGAAGGUGAAUCAAAAUCGCAAGCUGAAAGUCAAACAUCUGUGAUCACUGCAUAUGAAAUCGGUUAUCAGGCUGGAUUAACUAUUCCAUACUCAGUCACAAUUAUAGACACCCCUGGAUUUGGAGACACAAGAGGAAUUACACGGGACAGAAUGAUCACUGAACAAAUCCGUCAGUUUUUUUCAAUCCCCAGUGGUGUUGAUACUGUUGAUGCUGUCUGUUUUGUAACCCAAGCGUCAUUGGCUCGCUUGACACAAGCACAGAAAUAUGUGUUUGACUCAAUUCUUUCUAUUUUUGGAAAAGAUAUUGCAGAAAACAUAUUGAUGCUUGUGACAUUUGCAGAUGGACAAACCCCCCCAGUUCUUGAGGCAAUCAAAGUUUCUGGAGUACCUUGUCCAAAAAAAAAAAAUGGAAUUCCUGUUCACUUUAAGUUCAAUAAUUCAGCCUUGUUUGCUGACAAAACAUUCUCUGAAAAGACAGAUGAUGUGAAUGAGGAUUGUGAUGAUGACGAUGAUGGUGGUGAUAACUUUGACAGAAUGUUCUGGAAGAUGGGUGUAAAAAGCAUGAAAAACUUCUUUGACUCAUUAGUUAAAUUGCAAACAAAAAGUUUAUGUCUAACUAAGGAAGUCCUUAAAGAGCGUAAACAUCUUGAAGUUGCUGUCGAAGGUUUACAACCUCAAGUCCAAGUGGCCUUGUCGAAACUGGAUGAAAUUCGGAAGACAAGGCAGAUCAUAGAACAACAUGAGGCUGAGUUGAGUACCAAUAAAGACUUUGAAUUUGAGGUGGAGUUAAUAAAGCCAGUUCAAGAAAAAAUCACUAACCACUUUAUCACCAACUGUCAACAAUGUCAUUUCACAUGUCACUACCCCUGUGCCAUUCCAAAUGAUAAUGAUAAAAGGGGUUGUGCUUCCAUGGACUCAAAUGGGAACUGUACUGCUUGUCCUGGGAAAUGUCAUUGGUCUAUUCAUUUUAACCAGAAGUACAAAUGGACAUACAUAAAUGUGAAAGAGAAAAGGACAGCUCAAGAUCUGAAAAACAAGUAUGAGAAAGCAUAUGGUGCUAAACUAUCUGCCCAGCAAAUUAUUGAGAAACAGUCCGAGGAAAUUCAGAAACUUGAAGAAGCAGUGAUAAGCCUCAUAGAUGAAUCCUCCCGUUGUCUUGCCCGUUUGCAGGAAAUUGCAUUGAAGCCAAAUCCACUUUCCACACCCGAGUAUAUUGAAUUGCUAAUUGAAGGUGAAAAAGAAGAAGCUAAACCCGGGUACAUGGAUCGUAUCAAAGCAUUACAAAAAAUGAAAGAACAGGCUUUGAUAAUAGCGAAGGUUUUCAGGAAAGAAAAACCCAACCAAGCACAACCUGACAGAAAACAGGAAGACAAAUCAAAAGCCAAAAAAGGUAUAGCACUAUGGAGUUGGAUCACUGGUUCAGAUAAUUCAGAUAAAAAAUAAAAUAAGCAUCUGCAUACUGUGAACAAAAAUAAUACAUAAACAAAAAAAAAACAUUU